CUCCAUCCUCUCACUUAAUUGAAUGUGUCAGCAAAUUUUGAAGCAAAUAAAGCUCUGGUUUUAUGCUUCUCCUCAUCCAAAAAUGGUUUCUUUCGAAGACUUGAGAUGCAUAUGCUUAAAGGGCCUUUAUAUCAACUUCCAGACUGUGAUAACAUUCAAUGUACAAGAAGAUAAAUAAGUCAAGCUUUCUUUGAUGAAGUGAGAUCUACUGCAUACUUUGAAAGUUUUUAACUGUGCGGUGAAUUUCAUUCAUGUUCAUGGCUGAAGAAGAAUCACUACCUGCUAAUGCUCACCUUCCUCAACAAACCCCAUGCGGCCUCACUAUCAAGACUUCAACUUCUUGUUGUAAGCCAGGUGAAGCCACUACUUUGACUCCCAUACCUUCACAUUUGCGUUCACCAAAUUUGAAAAGCUCAAUUGAAUCAUCUCCAUACAACUCUCCUCUUGUUUCACCACCAUCAUCAGCAUUUGUUUCAGCUUUACAGUCACCAUACAUUUCACCAAGAGCCAUAACUCCCAAAACCCAGGAAAACCCAACUCCAGUUUCACAUCUUUCACCGCCAAUCUCAGUCUCAUACCGUGGUUCACAAUCUGAUGACAUUCCAAGCAGCUCAUACACACCUCCAUCAGACCAAUAUGAGUACUCUGAUGACCCUGCUGAUCCAAAGCUCAAGUUUAUGACUUGUGUGCCCAUCCCAGAUCCCGCUCCUCCAAGGGUAUCAUUUUCUUUUCAAGUUCCAAGAAUUUCUUUUGCAGAAGGUUCAGUUUCUCCUGCUUCUAAUGCUAAACUUAGGAGAUGUGAUGUUUUUAUUGGUUUUCAUGGACAAAAUCCUAAUUUGGUGAGGUUCUGCAAGUGGCUCAAGUCAGAGCUUGAGCUUCAGGGAAUUGCUUGUUUUGUUGCUGAUAGAUUUAAGUACUCGAAUAGUCAGAGCCAUGAGACUGCUGACAGGAUUAUUUGUUCAGUAACUUACGGUGUGGUGGUUGUCACCAACAAUAGCUUUCUUAAUCAAUGGAGUUUGAAGGAGAUAAGAUUCUUUGCUCAAAAGAAGAACUUGAUUCCACUUUUCUUUGAAACUGGGCCUUCUGACAUCAUGGGUUUACUCACCUGCAAUUCUAUCGAUAAAGAAUGCAAAGAUGCAAUUGACGGACUAAUGAAGUCUCAUGAGUUCAAGUUGGAAGCCAAUGAGUGUAAUUGGAGAAGUUGUGUAGCGAAAGCUGCUGGCAUAUUGAGAGCAAAACUUGGAAGGAAGAGCAUUGCUGAAAGUGAUUUAGGAGGAUUUGAGGAGCUAGCAUUUGCAAGAAACAGAAGUUUUGUUGGAAGAGAGAAGGAGAUAAUGGAGAUUGAAACUGCCUUUUUUGGAUGUGGGGAUUCUCUUGAGCAAGAUUAUGCUAUGCCAAUCAUCAAAGGAGAAGCAAGUGGGCAAUCUGAAGGCCUUGCUGAUGAAGAAAGUGAUACGGUUAGCUCUAUAGGGGGUAGGUUUAUCAAUUUGGAGUUGGGGAAGUGCAAAGAACCAAAACUUGAAGCUUGGAUUGAGCCAAUUCCAGCAAGAAAUUCAUUGAAGAAAUUGAAGUACAAGAAGUCUAGAAGUGGAAACUACAAAAGCUUAAGCAGCAAUGUGAUAUGCAUAAAUGGGGUUCCUGGCACUGGCAAAACUGAGCUAGCGCUUGAAUUUGCAUACAGAUAUUCUCAAAGAUACAAGAUGGUUUUGUGGGUUGGUGGUGAAGCUCGAUACUUCAGGCAAAACAUAUUGAACCUAUCACUCAAUUUGGGGUUAGAUGUGAGUGCUGAUGCAGAGAAAGAAAGAGGUAGGAUUCGAAGCUUUGACGAGCAAGAAUUUGAUGCAUUCAAGAGAGUUAAACGGGAGCUCUUUCACGACAUGCCUUAUCUACUGAUCAUUGAUAAUCUUGAAACAGAGAAAGAAUGGUGGGAAGGGAAAGAUCUACAUGACUUGAUACCGAGGAACACGAGAGGGUCUCAUGUGAUUAUCACUACUAGGCUAUCCAAGGUGAUGAAUUUUGAUGUAAUGCAGCUUCCUCCAUUGUCCUUGCCUGAUGCAAUGGUUUUAAUGAGGGGGAAAAGGAAGAAAGACUAUCCAGUCGAGGAGUUAGAGUUCCUCCAAAAAUUUGAUCAGAAAUUGGGACGGUUGAGCUUUGGUUUAUGGGUGGUUGGUUCACUACUUUCUGAACUUGGAAUCUCUCCAUCAGAACUCUUUGAAGCCGUCAGCCAAGUUCCAAUUGAAGAAUGUUCUCCUCCUCACAUGAAUAUUGAUGAGGAACUGUAUUGCAAAAACAAUCCUUUUCUAAUGAAGGUUUUAUGCUUUUGCUUCUCCAUCUUACAACAAAUCAAUGGGAGAAGGAAUUUUCUUGCCUCAAGAAUGCUUCUUGUUGGUGCUUGGUUUGCCCCGGCUCCAAUUUCAGUGAAUUUGCUAGGUGCUGCAGCUAAAAACUUGCCUGUCGCUGGAAAGCGGUUUAGAAGAUGGAAAAAAUGCUUGAGAGUCACAUUUGGUUGUUGUGUUGGCUGUGGCUUGGCACCACAGAGUGAAGAAGAAUCAGCCUUUCUUCUAGUCAAGUUAGGCUUGGCACAAAGAGCCAACAGACAACCUGGAUGUUGGAUUCAAUUCCAUCCUAUAACUCAAGUGUUUGCAAAAAUAAAAGAAGGCUUAUUGGCUCCAAAGGCUACAGUUCAAGGCAUAAGGAAAAUAGGUAAUCCAUCAAUGAAUGCAGAUCAUCUCUGGGCAUCUGCAUUCCUUGUUUUCGGAUUUAAAUGCGAACCCCCACUCGUGCAGCUGAAGGCAAUUGACAUGGUUCUGUAUAUCAGAAAGAUAGCUCUUCCUUUAGCAAUCAGAUCCUUCACAACUUUCUCAAGGUGCAGUUCAGCAUUAGAGCUUCUAAAAGUGUGCACAAAUGUGCUGGAGGAAGUAGAGAAGUCAUUCGCAUCUCAAAUACAAGAUUGGUGCUAUGAUUCUCUCUGUUGGAAGAAAAAGGGACAUGACAAUCAAAGGGUGGAUGAGUAUGUGUGGCAAGAUGUGACAUUGCUCAAGGCAACUCUACUUGAGACCAGAGCAAAGUUGCUGCUAAGAGGUGGGCAUUUUGAUAGUGGUGAAGAACUGUGUAGAACCUGUAUCAGUAUUCGAACAGUGAUGCUUGGACAUAACCAUGCUCAAACCUUAGCAGCUCAAGAAACACUAGCAAAAUUAGUGAGAAUGAGAAGUAAGAUGUAACAGUGUUUGUCCAAUCUGUCCCAUACUUAGGGAAGCACAGUUUUGUUAAUGAUGUAAUCAUUUUAACUAGAAAUAUAAUGAUCAAGUUGCUUAUAGUUUGCCUUUCAUGAAA